CAACAAUGAGUUUCAACUUCCAAGAGAACAGCAUAAGGAGAAUGGAUCGUGAUGGCUUCAUUUGCAUCUUGUGAACGGCAGUCCGUUCCCUGUGCCUUCCGCGGUCCAACAUGGUGAUGGCUGUGCAUGACUCCAAUAAUAUCAGAUUGACCAUGCACCAUAUUCUCAUGUCAUUGGUCUUAUUUUCACAUCUAUGGAUGCUGAUAACUGCCAGCCCUGUGUCGUUCGUUAAAGAUAAGAGCGACAAGCGUUGCAAGGCGUGGGAGUUCGCCUGUGCCAGCGGCCAGUGUAUCGAUGGCGACUUGGAGUGCGACUGGUAUUACGACUGCGAGGACGAGAGCGAUGAAGGUGCCGAUUGCAAAUACACAGGAUUUACAUGCGAAGAGGGGACAACCAUGGUGUCCGAUUCCUGGCUGUGUGAUGGUCAUGCGGACUGCAAGGACAAGUCGGACGAAAAGGAGGAGAACUGUCUUUCUGCAGUGGAAGCCAAUACCUGCCGCACAGUGUCCUGUGAUAACAAGUGCUUAAAGGAGGCAGAAAUAUGUGAUGGCAUUGAACAGUGUGUUGAUGGUGCAGACGAGCUUCUGGACAACUGCAAGAACAUAAGAUCUUGCUUCAGAUGCCGUUCUGGAGAGGCAUGCCUCAAGUGGUCCUGGGUGUGCGACAACAUAGCGGACUGCAAUGAUUGGUCGGAUGAAACGGCUGACAUCUGCGGCACAGUGGAGGACCGCUGUUGGAAAGGAGCCUUUCCCUGUCACCAUCAAGACUUCUGCGUGCCUCAGGGAUGGCGAUGCGACAAGGACAACGAUUGCGGGGACGGCUCGGAUGAAACUAACUGCCAUGUCAAGUCGGCCUGGGAUCCCGUGUACGGCUGGAGUUUAUGGAGUGAAUGGUCGGCCUGCAACACCGACUGUGGGCCUGGUCAGCGGCAGCGCUACCGACUGUGCCACGAGCUGAGCAUUGCCUGCGCCGGGAAAGAAGUUCAGCUUGAGAGUUGCCAGCAAAAAGAGUGCGUCCCGGAAAAAGACGUGGGUUGCGGCACAAGGCAGUUACCGACCUGGCAGCCGUUAUUUGUGAAGCGUAUUGUGGGCGGCGUAGAGGCAGUGGCCGGCUCCUGGCCCUGGCAGGCCCAGCUCUUCCAUCGGUUCAAGAGCGGACGGCAGGUGGCCAUCUGUGGCGGGACGCUGGUCAGGGACAACCUUGUUGUGACGGCUGCUCACUGCUUCUUGAAAACAAUGAAUGACGCAAACUCUUGGAAGGUGCACCUGGGCAAGCAUACAAUCGACCUCCAUCUUGGCUCUGGCGAGCAAGAGGCAAACAUCAAGCACAUCAUCAAGCACAAAGAGUUCAACAGCAAGACCAUGCAGAACGACUUGGCCGUCUUGGUAUUAGACAGGUCCCUGUCCCUGGAUGGCAAGCAAGUCAAUGUGGCCUGCCUGGACGAGGAUUUGGACAUGAGGGACAAGACUCACUGCUUUGUGACGGGAUGGGGAUUGACGGAAAUGGGAGGGAGACAAGCCAGGAAACUUCAGGAGGCCCCCGUGCCUAUCCUAAGCCAGAGUCAGUGUAACCACAAGGAUGUCUACAAGGGGAUGGUUAGGGACACCAUGAUGUGUGCGGGGUACCUGGCUGGAGGAAUUGAUGCUUGCCAGGGGGAUUCAGGCGGGCCUCUGAUAUGUGAGUUGUCCGACGGUCGUUGGCACCUCGUCGGGGUCACCAGCUGGGGCCGUGGGUGCGCCAUGGCCAACAAGCCAGGGGUGUAUACCAAAGUGGCGCACUUCACACAGUGGAUUGAAGACCACAUAAAGAAACAUGGACUUUAGCUAAAAUCAAUAAUAAAAUAUUAAAUUAAUCGAAUCCGAAGGAUCCGAAUGAUUCCAAGAUAUUAUCCGUUGUUUGUAUAAAUUGUGGAAAUAAUGAAUUAUAGAAAUAUAGACCUUAUGCAUGAAGGCGGAGUCAGAGGGCAAUGGCUUUGCGUUGCUGGGAUCGGCAUGUGCAUUCAUUGUUACUAAAAAUAAGAAAGAAUGCCCUCUUGAGGUACCUGCAACACAUAAGGCCUUUUGCAGUUUCAGCGACCUAGAGCAACACAGUGCACAUGAUGUAAAAAGGUACAUUUUGACAAUGCCCAAACCCAGACCGAAAACGUGGAUGCAAAAAAAACAAAAGUUAACUUUUGGUGGUUCACAUCCAAUUCAAAUAUAUCCCUCUGCGAUAAAUCAUCUAUUGUAUGUAUUAUAUUUAUUCAAUGACCAUGAACUUUAUUAAAAACUCAAGUUACAUGAAUUUACUUUAAACUGGGUCACUUUAUUUAUCUUGACUCUGUAAACAAAAACAGAUCCACAAACAAGAACUAUAUUAUUGGUAUUCAGGCAUGCAACUUUUCCUCUCAUCCGCUGAUUUCCUGGUAUUUUUACUUCUCAUGGAUGUCAUUACAAAUUGAAAAACACCGUACGAAGUCUAGCGUGGUUUAAAAUUUCCUCCUUUUUUCUAACUUCACAGUUGCAUGCCUGGUAUUUUAAUACCGCUGCAUUAGUACAAAUGAAUGCAUAUCAAAUUGAAAGUCUGUAAACAGUAAAUAAAGGUAGGAAAAGCAACAAAUAAGGUGAUUGAUUUUUUUCCCCAUUAACUUUUUAUCACAAAAGCAAUCAGUAUUAUGCAGAUAUAAGAUUUAUUCCUGUGAAAGUAGGGCUGUCCAUUGUCGAAUAA